GGCCCUCGGCGGGCGCGAGGGCGUGGCCGGAUGAAGAAGGUGGCUGCCAGGCAGUCUCCGCCCAAGCUGAUCGAAAAGAAGCGGGCAAAGGUACCUGAGCAGCCCACACCCCCCAUUCAGGAAGAACCAGAGUCUGUUAGCAAUGUCCUACAAGGAGAUGACAUUCUUGCCUUAGCCAUCAAGAAAGAAGACCUCAAGAAGCAACACAUUCCUCGCCUUUUUGAGACACAAGACAGACCUGUCAUUACCCAGAAAUUUAUCAUCCGUAAACUCAAACCCAAGGAUCCAAAGAGGAAGGUCUGCCACUUAGUAGCACAUCCCGCAACUCCAGAUGCAGCCACGAAGCCCCUGGACUACUCUGGUCCAGGUGACAGCUUCCAUGGCUCUGAACAGAUCCUGUCUCACCACAUCUUGGGAAGCCUCCAGGACUUUAAGAGAAUUGCAGUUGCUCAAGGGAACACCCAGCUGGCUGAGCUGAUACACACCCCACCAGGCUUGGUGACCCUAAUCUCAGCUAAAAAAGAACCAAAGCAGAAAGCCCCAGAAGAAAAGAAGGCACAUCCCUGGGCCCCACCUCCUCAGCACAACUUUCUCAAAAACUGGCAGCGCAACAUCAACUUGUGGAAGCAGCAGCAGGAAGUCCUCAGCGAAUGCCUGAAGAAGCCUGUGGGGGAGCUGCUGAUGCACACUGGGGAGACCUACCGACAGAUCCAGGAAGAACGGGAGCUCAUUGACCGAAUACUUCCAACACAGCAUGAUGGGAAGAGCUGUGAGGAGACCACUGGGUUCUGGAGUCGCCUGGAAUACUUGGGAGAUGAAAUGACGGGUCUGGCAAUGACAAAGACAAAAGCUCAGCGUGGCAUCCUGGAACCAAUCACUCACGUCAGGAAGCCCCGCUGCAUCCAGGUGGAGAUGGGACUGCCAGCCCAGAAGGAGGCUUGGUACCGCUACACCUGGGAUCGGAGUCUGUUUCUGAUCUACCGACGUAAGGAACUGCAGAAGGUCAUGGCAGAGCUGGAUUUCAGCCAGCAGGAUAUUGAUGGCCUGGAGGUGGUGGGCAGAGGGCAUCCUUUUACGGCUGUUACGGUGGAAGACUAUUCAGUAUUUGAUAGGAGCCAGGAAAGCUCCUCUGAAGACAUUGUGUCCUUAGACUUGUUGGCCAAUUACCCUGAUGUGAUCCCCAUGCCUAUUCUUGGCCCUUCUCUGCUGUUCUGUGGGAAGCCAGCUUGCUGGAUCAGAGGCAGUAACCCACAGGACAAGAAGCAUGUUGGAAUUGCCGUCCGUUUGAUCUUUGAAACUCUAGAAGGAGAGAAGACAUCUUCAGAACUGACUGUAGUCAAUAACGGGACAGUGGCCAUUUGGUAUGACUGGCGCCGGAGGUCCCAGCAGGACUCUUUCCAAGGCCUGAAGAGAAGCAGGAUGCCGCGGUUUUAUUUUAACAAUCGGGAAGGUGUGAUCCUGCCUGGAGAAACGAAAACCUUUACCUUCUUCUUCAAGUCUUUGAAUGCAGGGAUCUUCAGGGAAUGUUGGGAGUUUGGAACCCACCCCACCCUGUUAGGAGGUGCUCCCCUGCAGGUCAAUCUCCAUGCAGUCUCCCUGACCCAGGAUAUUUUCAAGGAAGAGAGGAAGUUACUGAAGCAUAAGAUGGCUGCCCGCGAAGCAGUCACCAUCGUGGAGAGCGUGCUGCAGGAGCUGCUGAGUGGGAUCCUGACCCCAGAGCGUGCACAGUCCCCCGUGGAUGCCUAUCUCACAGAGGAGGACUUGUUCCACCAUAGGAACCCCCGGCUGCAUUACCAGCACCAAGUGGUCCAAAGCCUGCACAGCCUGUGGUGCCAGUACUUGACCCUGCCCCUCAAGGCCGAGGAGGCCAGGCCCAGUGAGGUGGAGUACCUCAGCCCCAAAGCCCAGGCUGCCACGCCACAGCCAGCCUGUGUGAACCCGGAGCCUUCAGCACCCUCUAAGAGUCCAGGCUCAGAAUCCCAACUGUUCCAGCAAGAGAGUGAGGCUCCCAAGGACUCCCAAGAUGCUUUUGGGUCCCAGAAGCCUGGAGCAGGGGCCCAAGGCACUCUGCGGAAGAGCAUUAUGGAGGAGAUCCUGGUGGAGGAGAGCCCAGACCUGGGGAGCACCAAGAGCCCCUGGGAGCCGGAUGGCCUUCCCUCUCCUGAGUGGAACCUAUGCUUGGAGGAUUUCAGAAAGGCAGUGAUGGCACUCCCCGAGGAGAACCAGAGGGAAGAUGCCCUCAUCAGGCUCAACAAAGCAGCCCUGGAGCUGUGCCAGGAACAGAGGCCCCUGCAAUCUGACUUCCGGCACCAGGUGUGUUUGCAGCUGUGGCGGGAUGUGAUCGAUGGCCUGGUGAGCCAUUCCCUGUGGCUGAGGGCUCUGCUAGGUCUGCCCGAGAAAGAGACCAUCUAUUUGGACAUGCCAGAAGAGCAAGAUCAAAAGUCCCCUCCUUUUGUGGAAGCGAAAGCGACUGCCUCGAAACUUGGGAAGGAAGAGCGGAAAGGGACAGCCCAGGAAAAGAAGCAGCUGGGAAUCAGAGAGAAAGAGGACAAAAAAUCAGCCAAGUUGCCAGGGAAAGAGGACCGUUCAAACAGUAAGAAGCACAAGGCAAAGGAUGACAAGAAACCAAUGAAAUCUUCAAGUCGAGACAGGCUUUCCUUGGAAGACCCUGCCCCUGACAGCACUACCACUUCUCAGGAACCCAUAGAUCCCCUGGUCAUGGAGAAAUACACCAAGAGGCUGCACACGGAGGUCUACGGGCUGCUGGACACCCUAGUGACUGACCUGAUGGUCCUGGCUGAUGAGCUCAGACCCAUAAAGAAUGUCGAGGAGACUUUGCGUCUUUGUACCUGACUCAUGUGUCCAAGGGGCCUUCUGGGAAACUGGUUAAUGA